GAAGGGGGAUCCACCAUCGGAAUGGGGCAGGCAAUGGGGGACAGCAAAAAGAUGUCUUUUCGAACCGCCUGCUUUUUGCUUGUAAUUGGUUCUGUUUUGAUUCCAUUUAUCAGCGGAGUUAACGUUGACAGCUCUAGAUUUAAGCAAUUUUCUCACAUCAAGACAAAAACUCCGGCAGCCGUGCAAGAACAAGCUGUGAUAGACCUCAUAACAAGAUUGAUCGGUCCGACCUACGCCUCCAAAUUCACCAUAAUAGUAAAUGCCAGCUCUGGAUUUCAGCAAGAUCUGGAUACGUUUGAAUACUUUACCAAUGAAGAAGAUGAAAAACUCGUCAUUACGAGUACGAGUGGGGUUGCAGCCGCGCUAGGAUUUGGACAUUUUCUCAAGUACAGAUGUUUUGGGCAUGUGUCAUGGAGCGGGGAUCAGCUGAAGAUACCGGAACCGUUUCCGGUUGUGAAAAGUCCUGUGAAAGUAACCAGUCCAAACAGGUAUUCUGUACAUUGAGUCUUUUAAUGUUGCGUAUCUCCCAAGGGAGAGUCCAAGGUUUUUCAAGGAAGGUAUAGUGAAAGAGAUGACAGGGGCCUCUUGUCCCACAAAAUGAGUAAGAGACCUUGGUUUUUUCUCAUAGGUGACCCCUUCAGAAAUGCUCAUCGUAUUUGGGGACUGGAAUGUAAAGACCCUCAGGGGCAGUGGGCGGGUGGUUUUCCCAAUUUGGGGUGCUGACAACCUGCAUGCUUUAUUUUUUAUUUUCUAGAAUUUAAGGUCCUGCUUCAUUGACCUUGCAUUAUAUACUAUAUUGUAGAAAAAGAGGUCUGCAACAUGUCCCUUAGUACUGAUAGGCCUUAUAAAAAAGGGCCUUAUCUGCCCUAUUUUCACUUUGUGGAAGAACACAAGAUAACUAUUAUUAAUUUUUGUUUAACGUUCUGAUCAGUUGGUUGCCUGUGUAUAUCGACAUUGGCUGAAUUAAAAAGCUAAAUAUUUGUUUUACUCUACUUGCAUGUCAGGUUCCGCUAUUACCAAAAUGUGUGCACAGUAAGCUACUCUUUUGCAUGGUGGAACUGGACACGUUGGGAACGUGAGAUUGACUGGAUGGCUAUAAAUGGCAUUAAUUUACCCCUGGCAUUUAAUGGACAGGAGGCAAUAUGGCAAAGAGUUUACCUGAGAAUGAAUCUUACACAACAAGAGCUUGAUCAUCAUUUUGGGGGACCAGCUUUCCUUGCGUGGUAUGUUUAGAAACAUUUAGAGUCAAAUCUUCUUAAGAAGGAGCAGCAGCGGGACUAGGACUGGCGUUAAGUGUUUGAAACCCGGGUUUUCUUAUUUCCACGAAAAAUCCCAGAUAAUUUUUUUCCCAACCAUUCCAGAUUUUGCCAAUAUUAUUAAUGACAAUACAAAAUCCCAGACAUCCCCAAUCAUAUGGGAUGGCCAGUGACCAACUGGAACAACUGGACGUGUUUCUAUUUUCCUGGACGUGUCCCAGAUUUUCUACAAUAGUCAACAAUCAUUCCUGGUAUUUGACAACUGAAGAUGUUUACUGUUUCUUAUGUUGAUGAUCGUUUGCAGUAGUGUUACAGGGUGGUUUCACGGGCUUGACAUUUGGGCAAGUUGUUGCUAGAGCCGGGGGGGGAGGGGGGAGGGGGGUACUUUAGGAAUCUCUGGGUGGGGAUGUGCCGCUGGGACCCUGGAACCCUUAACCUAUACCAGAGUUAGUGCAGCUGAAUUUUGCAACCCUAUACUAGAGUAAACUCCCCAAAUCCCCCCUAUCCUAGAGUAGCUGUUUUCCAGAAACUACUGAGGUCACCAGCACAGUCUAGCCAAAACAAAACCUUAAACCACAAUCCCUAGUCUAGAUAAAAUCUUCAGCCAACCAAUCAAUUUCAUGAAAAAUGAUAACCUAUUCUAGAUCCAAAUGCUCUGAUUUAUAUACCCUAUCCAAGAGUAAACUGCUUGAAAACCAUACCCUUCACAGCAGCACAUACCUAUAUAGCCCAUAUAUGGCGGUACCCCCCCCCCCCAGAAAACUUCACUUGCCCAAUUGCAAAACCCACUAGAUCCAGGUCAUCGGACACGACUUUCUUUGCAUGCUGUUUCAGUACCAAUCCUCCAAUUGCUUGGCUCAAAACUCCUCCCUUAGAAAUUAUGCAUGGUACAGACUGCUGAAUUUUCCUAAUUCAUAGGUCAAAUUCCCUUUAAAAGGGAUUGUCACUGAAGUUUAUUUUUGGUUUAUUCUCUGACCAUUGCCAAGUCAAUCAUAGUGGUUUAUCAUAGUAUGGUUGGUAAAUUAUUUUGUUUUGGAAAAAUAUCUAUACCCGUUGAGAUUUCUUCUAAUUUGACCUUCUGUACACUCCCUGCCAUCUUUAGCCCUCUUACAACAUCUAAACAUUUUUUUAAGUAAAAAAAUGUUUUUAUCAUAUAAAUUUGCAAGAUUCCUCUCUUCUUGAAUAAGAACAAUAAAGAAUAAUUAUUAUUCUAUAAAUAACUUUUGUUUCAGGUCACGGAUGGGUAACAUUAGAGGCUGGGGAGGUCCUCUUUCAUCUUCUUGGCAUUCAAAUCAGUUGGCUUUGCAGCAUAAAAUCUUGGACCGGAUGCGAGAGUUUGGCAUGACUCCUGUGUUACCAGCUUUUGCUGGGCAUGUUCCAAAUGGUCUUCUGAGAGUCUAUCCAAAUGCCAAUGUUAGUAGACUUGGUGACUGGGGUCAUUUCAACAGUACAUACUGUUGCACAUACCUUUUAGAUCCAAGUGAUUCACUUUUUCAGGUGAGUUAACUUGAAAACACAUGUUUUGGCUUUUCUCACAGGUCAUGAAUUGGUAUUAUUGGGCCCUGUCUUCAAGAAUCUGGAUAUUUUUAAAUCCACAAUUUUUUUACACAAACCGGCUUUCCAUCCACACAAAACCAGUGAGUCUGCUCAUUGAAACAGUGUAUCUUUUUGAAAUUGCGCUUUAUAGUGAUUUAACAACCUGUCGACAAAUCCAGGUACAAAAAAUUGCAGUUUCAAAAAGCCGUCCAGAGGCUGGUAAAGUCCUGCAUCAACUUUUUGGCAUUCAAAUCAGUUGGUUUUAGAUUGGAUGCAGUUGUUCGGCACGAUGCCUGUGGUACCAGCUUUUGGUGGACAUGUUCCUGAUGGUUUGUUAAGAUUUUAUCCAAAAACUAAUGUUACAAGGCUUACAAGUCAGAACCAAUUCAAUGCAAUAGCACAUACCUUUACACAUAUUCCUUAAAUCCUACUGAUCCUCCUUUCAAGGUAUGCCUGUAGCUUCCCUUUACAUGUUACAUGUUACCCUCCAAGAUCUCCAUAAUUCUUCAUAUGAUCAUGCUACGAAAGCCGAAUUCAAUAAUUGUUUUAUUAUUCAUUCAAAAUAAUUCAUAGUUUAAAAACAUAGCUAAAACAAGCUUACGUACAUUAAUGUUAAGUUUAUCUUCGAUAGUUUACGUUUAGGUUUGUCCAGCUCCGCAAAUAGUCGCCAAAUAGCAGAUGUCACCCUCCAAGUUGUCAUCUUGCUGUUUUUGCUAUGUUUUUAGCCAUUAUUUUGCCUAGUUCCAGUUGUAGUUCUUACUCUUACAAUGAAGGAAGUGUCCGCCAUUUUCCUUGUUACAACGAAAACAACUCAAUCUUGCCCCCAGGUCUUGUAGAACUUGAGGCUGCAUUUUUGACAUCAUUUCCUCGUUAAACACAAAAAUUAAUUCUUCCAAAUUUGGUCAUCAGUAACUGGGUAUGGUGAAUUAUGUGUGUGCUUUUAGCCAAUCAGAAUAUGGGGAAAUAUUUUGAAUGAAUAAUAAUGGCUAAUAACCUGCAUCUAAUUUUCUCUUUUGAAACUCUCCCUUUUAGACAUUAAGAUCAUGAGAGUAAAAGGUCGAAGAGAUCACCAAAGAAAUCUUCUUAGUAGUAACUCCACAGUGUUUUCAGAACAGUGUGGAGAAAAUGUGUGUUGAUAUUACCUUGUUACUGCUACUUGCAGCAAAUUGGUGGAGCAUUUAUUAAGGAACUGAUCUCUGAAUUUGGAACUAAUCAUAUCUACAACACUGAUACUUUCAAUGAGAUGACCCCACGGUCAAGUGAUCCAGUGUACCUGUCCAAUGCCAGUAGAGCUGUGUAUGAAGGGAUCUUGGCCGGGGACCCAGAUGCUGUUUGGCUCAUGCAGGGAUGGUUGUUCCUGGAUACUAAGUUUUGGCAGCCACCACAAGUCAAGGCAUUACUACAAGGUAUAAUGUAAGCAGGCUGCACUGUACCUUAUUACAGCGACAGGAUAAUUUCUCGAUUUGAUGGUUUGCUUAUUUCACAGCACUUGAAAUUUUGCGGUUUUGCAAAAAUUUUGGAUUGAGAGGCACUUUAAUUUCGCAUUUUGAGCAUUCAUCACUGUAUUAUUUAAUUAAACAUUUUAUUUGGUCAAAUAAAACAUCAUCAUUUACAUUAUUUUUUGUUGUGUCAAAACUAAAAAUUGAUACACUGGUAGGCUUCUAUGACAUUAGUAACAUUAAUAGCAAAGAAGUUCUCACAGUGUCCUCAAGAAGUUCAUGCUUGUGCAUGUAUAUUAAUUAAUUACGGUCAAUUUAUUACUGUCCACGUUACAAGGUAUUUUAGUUAGUAAACGUUUUUAACAUUUUAUUGUUCACACAAUGUGAGAGGCCAAAGUUUCGCAUCACACUAUGUUUGCGACACUUAUUGUUUGCAUCACUUUAAUUUAAAAUCUUGAAAAUUCGCAAAUUUAAAGUUUCGCAAAAAUUUCAUGCAAUCAGGUACACAUGGGAGCUGGGUGUGCAGAGCAGAGGCUGGGCGGGUGGUUGGGGUCAUUUAAAUGUCAUUAAUUUAGAUUUCCUACACUUCAACCAUGUUGGGGCAUGCUGAAAGCCAACACAACAGAGCAUAGCACCAGCUGAAGCAGGGUUGUCAAAAGUAGCUGGCUUCCGGCAAAAAUCACCGCCUCCUUGGCUAGUAUCGGCCAGCUACUCUGCUUGGCAUUUCUUUACGGAUGGCGUUUUUUAAAUAAAAUAUUCCUGGACUGGCCACUUACUUUGACGUUUCAGUUGUCUACUUCAAAACUUUCUGACAACCCUGUAAAGUUCUGCCUGGAGGUAGACACUUUUGGUAGUCUGACACUGCAAGAGGUUAUGCCCCUUUUUAGUUGGCCUUUAAUUUACGUUCAACAAGAAUCAGAUCAGUGAAAAUACUGUGAAACAGAUCCUACAGUUUUAGUCCUUAUCUAAGGUCUAACCAUACGCAGAAGUGAAACAAAGGCAGCAAAGUUUUCUUAGUCAUUUUAAGACCCUGAGUGUUGAUCCAGCCAGGAAUGAAACUUGGUCCUACUGUUCACGCAAUCAACUGGGCUAAACAGUUGUUGGAUGGAUUAAUUUUGUUCUUGCCCUCUGUUUUUCUUCCUGCUUCCACUGCAAGUCAGUGGGACAGAUGCUUGGAACCCAUGUCAGGCUCAUGUAGGAUGCCUCUGGGUUGCCACACUAUGAGGAAUCUAAGGAAAGCUAUUUAUCUUUUAUGUUAUUUUCGUUUGACUGAAGGGGUACCUCAAGGCAAGAUGAUCGUCUUAGAUCUGUAUGCAGAGGCAAGUCCAGUUUGGCAGAGAACAGAGUCCUUCUAUGGACAGCCAUUCAUUUGGUGUAUGCUUCACAACUUUGGAGGGAACAUAGGUCUAUAUGGAGAGCUCACUAGUAUCGCUACAGGUAUUAAUAGUUUUAUGGUUUUGAAUCUAUAAAUACUGAUUCUUCUUAGUUUGCCAUUUUCUCCACCUCUACCAAAACAGUUCAGUGAGCUGAUGCAAUCUCGUUCCCAGGGCUUUGCAGUGGCCGUCCCUUUUUCCUGGCAAUAGCCUACACUAUUGACGUUAUUUUACCUGAUAUCGCAAACGUCUUCCAAAUUUGGGCAACAUUAGCUGGUGUUGAAGAAUAAGCCUGGGCAUGGUGCAUAUGAGCCGAUCAAAAACGGAGUAAUAUUUUGAAUGAAUAAUGGGAGAAUUUAUAGUAACUGUACCAUUCCUCCCUUGCUGUUUGUAGGGCCCAUCAAUGCCGCAAACGCUAAAGGCUCCACCAUGAUAGGUACUGGCAUCACACCGGAAGGAAUUGAACAGAACGAUGUUGUUUAUUUGUUAAUGAAUGAGAUGGGAUGGAGAUCCGAGACCGUUAACGUUUCACAGUGGUUAGAGGCUUACUCUGAGAGGAGGUACGGAGGGGUGAAUGAGUAUGCACAGCAGGCGUGGAAGCUGUUGGGUAGAAGUGUGUACAGUGCUACUUUUGGGCGUGGUCACACUCAUUCAGUUAUAGUCAACAAACCAUCACUUACGUUAAAUUUUACGGAGUGGUACGAGCCGGAGGAUGUGUGGCAAGCCUGGGAUGCCCUGGUUAUGGCAGCUGACACUUUUGAAAUGGUGGACCCUUUCAGGUAAUUACUCUGGCGAUUUUUAAUGUGAUUAUUGCGGCAAUUUUUAUUUGUUUACUUUUUCCGUGCAAUUUCAAAUCAUACCUGUAAACUAGCAGUGAUUGCUUGCACAGAUCUUGAUUGCAUGGGUAGACCCGGCAUUUUAUGGUUGUGCUGUCUUUGACUGGCUUUGUGUUGUGGGAGCUUUAGCAACGACGACGGCGACGGCAAGGAGAACGUCGAGAAAGCCGUAGGUUUAUUGAGCAAAACAACGACUUUACACGUACAUCACGCUUUUUGGUACAUUUCUUUGCCGUUAUUCCACAACUACGACGUGAAAAUGCCUCAUGUUACGUUUUAUAGAGGAGUUAAACAAGGGACGACGAAUUUUGCUUUCUCUUUCUAAACUUGAGUGCGGCCUCCAAGAAAUAAACUCCAGGGAAACUCGCCUACAUUUGAUAUCUUUAGUGAAUUGGAAUAAACGCAAGAGAGUUUGAAAAUACGCGAAUUCAUUUUAAAAGUAUUUAUUUUUCGCUGCCGUCGUUGUCGUCUAUGCGAAAACUCACUAUUUUCACGCACCGUUUUCAGAUUUUAUAUUGCAGGGAUUGGGUACGAAUCCGUGUCAGCACAUUCCCACACAGUCGGAAAGAGCACACCGAGCUAUACAAAAGUUUGGUUUUUAUCACGGCAAUAUUGAAACGAGAUCCAGCCAAUCAAAAACUCCAUAAUUUACUAAGAAAUAUAUAAACGUCCGGGUAAUGAGUGGCAAACCAUACAUUUCUGAUAGUAAAUGAGUAGCUGUAUCUUGUUCAUUUUUGACCCAAUUAACACAAAACUUAGGGAUUCAAAAAAGUUUGAUGUGCUCUUUCUGACUGUGUGGACCGUGUUGUGUUGUUAAUCCCAUAAUAUGUAGCCUCCUGCCCAGUUUCCCACCAUGUGACUCCGGUGUUACAGUGAUAUGGGCACCCCAAACUCUGAUGAUAUGGGAAUCCCCUUCUCAUAUUACCUUCGUGAGGCUAAGGUUAGGAGGACAGGGGAUGAAUAUAUCAUUAGGGUUUUGGGAAUGGGGAUGCCCAAAACGCGGGAAUGCCCAUAUCACUGUGACACCGGCAGUUGGACUGUUUGAGGAGACGAAUUUUGAUCCCGUUUCUUGUGCAACUUCUUCACAGCCAAUAAAAUAAAAGUUAACGUCUCAAUAACAGCCCCAUAGUGCAACUGGACGAAACUGCGUUUCAGGCCCCAGCAAACCGUUAAUGGCCAACAGACUGUUGUAAGGAGCGAUGAAUCCGGUCGUCUCCCCACCAAAUCAUGUCGCUACCAAGAAGUCCAAUCGCCACUAACCAACUCGCCACCAACGGUGAAAUAGUUAAAUGACUAGUUGAAAAUAUGCCACAGACCAGUAUUUGACAAUUGCCUAAAUAAAUGUAUGGCGUGGACUCCAUGUGUGGGUUGAGUUUUUUGUUGGUUCUCUCCUUUGCUCCGAGAGGUUUUCUGGCCCUCUCCUCAAAAACCUGAGAUCAGGUCCAAUUGUAGCGGUUCUCAUACAUUCUCUCUAACGGCUACCGCUUUUCGUUUCGCCUUGCCCGUUGGAAUGUCAUUUUCAAAGCGAAACGAAAAUAGAGCCUGAUCUCAGGUUAUCUCCUCAAAAACCAGCAUUGCUAAAUCCCAAUUCGACCAGGAAUCAGGUAGACGAGGAACCACUUAGUGGAUGUGCUACCUCUAAAUCUUUAUUUAUUUAGUUAGUUAGAUGUAAAUUUCAAUAAUUAGUAAUCAGUUUUAACUUGUUUCAUGUUUGAAGGUACGACUUGGUGGACGUAACGAGACAGUCUCUUCAAUUGUUGGCCAUAAUCCCUUAUAAUAACUUGGUGGAUGGUUAUAUUAAUAACUCCACGUCCGUCGUGCAAGCAGCUGCAUCACAGCUCCAUGAAAUCUUUACAGACGUGGAUGCUAUUCUCUCGUCAAACCAGUAUUUCUUGCUUGGUGGACACUGGCUUAACCCUGCAAAGGCCUUGGCAACUAACGCACAGGAGCGAACGUUGUACGAGUACAAUGCCCGUAUUCAGAUCACUUUGUGGGGACCAAACGCGAAUAUCGAAGACUACGCCAACAAGAUGUGGGGAGGGCUUGUCUCGAGUUACUACCAACAACGCUGGGUCCUUUUUGUCUCCUUCCUUCUUGAUUCAAUUUCGCAAAAAGUGCCAUUCGACAAAAAGAAGUUUGAUGCUGCGUUGUUUGACCAGGAAACUAAGUGGACUCUUGGUAAUGAAUCGUAUCCUGACAAACCCGUUGGCGACACUGUGAUGAUUGCCAAAAUGCUGCAUGGAAAGUACCGACCUAUGACAGUUUAGUUGGCGAUUUUCGUUUUACUUUGAAAAUUGGUUUCCGUAAGUGUUAUGAACUAAUCACGGUAAAAUUCAUCCAGGUGUGAACUCGCCUACUUCUUUGGUAAGUGGUGUUUAAAUCUAACGAACUGCAUUAGUUGGACUUUCCGAGGUGCACUUUCUAAGCAUAAGGUCAUACGCACAUAAGUUGACCAAAGCAGUAAGCGAUUUGACACGAAAGCAACUUGACUGGUAUGUAUCCAAUCAUACUUUAAAUACAAACGCCCAAAUGCGUGAAUUUCUUGUUUGAAAUAACGUUUUGUAUUUUUUUAAGAAAAAAUAUCUAUAAAAAUGCUUAUAGUUGAGUUAACGGUUUGGGUAUUUCACAAUUCUAUGUUAUGCAAAGACCUUUCCCGUAUUUCUCCCGAUUGAGCGUACACAAUAGAAUGAUGUACGGCAAGCGGUAAAGAAAGGCCAGGUUAAAGUUUGCUAUUUCUCAAAGUAGAAGAUGAGAAGGUAUAACUGUCCAAAAUAAUUUUUUGCAUGAAGCCGACAUCAAUCUACGUAUUUUUUUCUAGAUAUAAUUAACAGGAGAUGACAACUAAAGGGAAAACUUGGUAGUUCCAGGGGCGGA